AGCACAGCACAACCACCCAGUAAUGUUGAGAAGGAGUAAAGCAACAAGAAGAAAUAAAAAUGGUUAAGUUAAACCAAACGCAACCUCCUACGCUUUGUUUAUAAGAGAAUUAAAGGACGCGCUUAGGCAAUCGCGUGAGAAUUCGCAAUAAAAAGUUGCCAAUCCUCGUGUGAAUUUCCCUGGUCGGUCCAACGAAAAAAUGCCUUCUCUUUUCCAUAUUUCUUCUCCACUUCUACAAUCUACAUUUCUUCACCUACCAUUUCUUUCUUCUUCUUUGGUAAAAGGAUCCCAUGUUUGAUUAUGGAGAUGAAUUUACAAUAGAAACCUAUAGAAUCCCAUGGCUUAUUUGGAUCCAAAUCCUAAUCUUCUUCCUCCUCAUCUUUCUUCUCUGUUGUUUCAGUGUUUUUACUUCAGAUCUUUCGCACUACAACACCAAAACCCCUUCCUCUUCUACCUCUCCUUCUUCCUUAGCUUCAGCAUCCGCUUCUACUUAUUUAAACAACCCUCUUCUCAACCACAGUACUACUACAACUCUCGCGAAUCGCUUGCAGCAUAACCAGAUAGGAGAGAGCCAAAGUAUAAAAGGAGAGAUAGCAACAAGCACAAGUACAAGAAUGGUGACAGAAGAGGACACAGAAAGCCAAGGCAUUUCAGCAAACUCCAUUAUUAAUCUCCAUCCCUGCAACUAUUUUAGGCUUGCCAAGCUUGCAUUUCUCAAGUGCUUGGGGUUAGACACAUCCUCUGAUAAUUCUCCGAGCUGUGACAGGAAAAAGGAAAGAUAGUCUACCUUGCAGAGAAUUUGUAGCCCACGUCGCUAGGCAGAAGCAAAGAUUCAGCUAUCAGCUAUUAUAAUCUACAGCCAAAGUGAUCAAACUCAAUGGAAUGGAAAGCAGGUCAGAGAUUGUGACUCAAUCCAAGGUGAAUUACUAAAGCUAACCAUUCAUGAUCCUUGGAGUCCUCAUUUUUAAGUUAAAAAUCCAAUUUCAUUCACUGAAGCAGAUCAAAAUUGAUUGGAGCAAAGCUGAUUCCAAGAAUUUCAUGUGUAUAUUUUACACAGAUCAUAAGCUUUCGCAAGAAAUUCAAUCAACUGAUCUGCAUCAGGGUUGUCUUGGAGUUCUAGGCUCUUGUAAAAUCUCCUUUUGGCUUCUAUCUUGUAAAAUUUCUUUUUCAAAUUUCCAAAAACAACUUAAUAUUCCAUUUCCAUA